AAAAAACUUUCUUUUUUUUUUUUUCCCUUUUGUAACAAAAAUAGUUGUAUUAAAUCCAAAAAAAAAUAAAAUAAAAAUAAAAAAGAAGAAAUGAAUAGGUUACAAAAGUUCGUACCUUUAUUGUUUUGUACUUUACUCUGUGCUAGUUUUAUUCAGGCACAAGAAAACCCUGUAGAAGAGCUUGUAGAUGCCAAUCUUCCUACUUCAUCCAAAGAGUUGGAAUUGAAUACAAAUGAAUUAGGAUCGGAUGGAGAGUUAGAGAAAUCGUUUGUGAUUUCCUUGCUCAUGAUUAUUGUGUCUGAAAUUGGCGACAAAACCUUCUUGAUUGCAGCCAUCAUGGCCAUGAAGCAUUCACGUUUAGUAGUGUUUGCAGCAGCCUUUUCUUCCUUGGCCAUCAUGUCUGUUCUUUCUGCUUUCUUGGGCCAUGUGGUACCCAACUUAAUUCCUAAACAAUACACGGAUGUUUGUGCAGCGCUCCUGUUCUUGUGUUUUGGUGUACGUAUGAUGUACGAAGCGUAUUAUAUGGACGAUAAUGAUAAUGAGGAAAUGAUGGAAGUGGAGAACGAAUUAAAGACGGUGGAGGAUCGUGAACGAGCCAAUAAGAUGGAAGAGAUGGAGGUAGGUGGAUUAGAAGCUACUAGUCAACCUGCACUUGGUACUGGAUCAAAACCUGAACGUGCCAAGGAAGGUUUGAUGAACUUGAUGCAGCUUGUCUUUUCCCCUGUCUUUGUUCAGACUUUUGUCCUUACAUUCUUGGGUGAGUGGGGUGACCGUUCUCAAAUCUCCACCAUUGCUUUAGCAGCAGCCAACAACGUGUAUUACGUAACUGCAGGUGUUGUUCUUGGACACGGUAUGUGUACUGCUGUAGCUGUGAUUGGAGGCCGUAUGUUGGCAUCCAAGAUUUCUGUUAGAACAGUUACAUUUGCUGGUUCUGUUCUUUUCCUUGUCUUUGGUGUUUUUUAUGGUUUCAAUGCUUAUAAAGGACUUCAGGAAUAAUUUUGACACACACAUAUAUAUAUAAAUACAUUAGACAACAGAUAGAACCAUACACUCUCUCUCUUUCUUUUUUUCAUACACAAAAAUAAAUAAAUAAAAAAUGAAACCCCCUUCUCUUAACCCCCCGAC